AUGAGUACGCCUGCGCCACCCGCCGGCCUCUCCUUUCCCCGCGAUAUCUAUGCGAAGCUAUCGCCCUAUCCAUAUCUUCUUGCGCACUUGGAACCCGCGACAUCGACCGCCAUCAGUGUGCGCGCAAGUGGCCGCCGACCACACGAGUGUCGGACGCCGCAUAUUAACAACGGUUCACUCACCCACGCCGAAGGCAGUGCCGUAGUCCGCAUCGGCGAUACUACAGUUGUGUGUGGCGUGCGCGGCGAGAUUCUGUUGGCGAGCCAGGUUGCCGGAUACCGGCUAGAUUCCGAGGAGAUUACGACGGCGCAGGUCGAUGCCGAGGCGCGCGAACUCCAUCUUCUCGUGCCCAACAUUGAGCUAGCUACCGGCUGCUCCCCGCAUUACAUGCCCGACCAUCCCCCAAGCUCACUCGCCCAAUCGCUCAGCGCACGCAUCUAUAGCCUGCUACAUUCCAGUCGGAUUGUGCCAGGUGAGGAUCUCCGUAUCUACGCCGCCGCUGCGCCAGAGCUCGAGGAGCCAGCCAAAGUCAAGGCAUUCUGGACCCUCUACAUCGAUAUCCUCUUCAUCAGCCUUGACGGCAAUCCCUUUGAUGCCGCCUGGGCCGCUGUCAUCUCGGCCCUUCACGAUGUGCGCCUGCCGCAGGCCCACUGGGAUCCCGACCUGGAACAAGUUUUGUGUCAGCCGGCCCAGAGCAUGGCGACACCGCUCCACCUGCGCGGUAUGCCGAUAGCUCUCACUGCAGCCAUCUUUUGUGGCCGCGAUCCUGGCCUCGAUUCAAAGCGCGACGCACCCACAUGGCUUCUCGUUGACCCUGAUGCAUUGGAGGAAAGUCUGUGCACCGAAUUUGUCAGCAUCGUUGUCGACGCUACUUCUGGUACCAUCCAUAUCGUUGGCUUAUCCAAGGUGGGUGGCCCUGUCGUCGGCCCUUCACAGAUGGCGCAACUACUGGCUUUUGCCGAAGAACGCUGGGUCCAGCUACGGUCGCUCCUAAAAAGCCGCCUGCCAGCCCCCUAG